UGCUUAAAGGCAGAGAAGGAGCUGAGAGAAGCCAUAUCUUGGCGAUGGACAUUCACAACAGAAAGCAGAACCUAGUAAUAUACGGAAUAGCAAAGGAAGCAGGAGAGAAUUAAUGUGCAAAGAAAGGUACGAGAUGUGAUUGGAAAUUUGUGGUUAUCGGGAGAAGUUGUCACAAAUAUGUCGUUGAUAAACGCCCAUCGACUGCCUCGUAGAUACGUACCCUGGCCCACCGGGAGAGAAGCGAGGACCCGACCCCUUGAUUGUACGAUUCGGUACCAUGUUUGACCGUGAUCUCGUACUACGGCAGUAUCAACAGAAACAACGCGACUUAAUGGUGGCUGCGAGGGAAAAUCGUGAUGCCCAGAACCGACUUCCAUUCAGGCUCCUUAUCGACCUACCCCACUUUUGAAGCGACGCCGUUUCGAGCUGGAAAAAUGUGCCUACAGAUUAAGGAAAGAAGGAAAUCAGUCAACGAGAAUCCGCGUAUAGUUGGAAUCGAAGUAGUGCUCGAGAAGCGAGAGAAAGGUUCGACAUCGGCUUGGAAAAGAGAAGUUGAGUAGAUUGAAGUUGAAAAAUGUCAUCAUCAUCAUGGUCACCAGUUCAUUUUCCUAUAUAUUUUGUUGAUAUUGAAGUUAGUAUUGAUACCGUCAAUACUACUAAAGCGAUUUAUCUUCAACGAUUGAAAACUUGAAAAGUGUGACUACUAAUACUAGUAUUACAGAUAAAGAAAAGAAAGAAAUCAACUAAGAUUCCUGUUAUCUGAAUCGAUUGUGAUAAUGAGACAGACCAAGGGAAAAAGUCUACAUCUACAUCGGCUUGAAGUUGAAGGACUAAAAGACCUAAGAUAUCAACAGAUGGCCUGUCAUGUGACUUUGAGAGCCCCUGUGAUUGGCUAAGUCCUCCUAUUGACAUGUUCACUCCAGGAUGGGAGGUACGAGAGGGGGCGUCGACCAACCCUUACACAGGACCCCCCGGAGGUUAUGAUCCGAGCGGGGAAGCCAUAGGGAACUACACCUAUGUCAGUUCUCAUGGAAAGUUGGAUAGGGCGAUGGCUGAACUGGAGAGCCUCACAUAUCAAGAGAGUGGUGCUCUCUGCAGCAUCAACUUCUUCUACUACAUGAACGGAACUGACACCGGGACACUUACAUUAUCGGUUGCCAUGGACAACCAGAGAUAUCCCAUCUGGCAACGCUUGGGCAGCCAAGCAGCAAGGUGGAUAGAUGAAGUCAUACUGUUAAGGUCAAUGCCCUCUCCAUUCCAGAUUGUGUUUGAGGCUACGAUGACAGGGGGAAGUGAAGGAGAUAUUGCUCUUGAUAAUAUACAGCUUCUAGACUGCUCACCAGGUCAGUUGAUAGUAGAGGUGACCAGGGGGGUGUUUCACAAAGAUCCUAAGUUGAACUUAUCAUUAAGUUGGACUUAACAGU